AUGAAUAUUCCUUUCAGACCAUCCACCCUGGCUGCAAUAUCUUGUUGCGAGUCAUCUAAGAUGUCCUCUUCAUCGCCAGUGGCGGAGAACUGGUGUUACACUCAAAUCAAAGUCAUAAAGUUCUCCUACAUGUGGACAAUAAAUAACUUCAGCUUCUGCCGAGAGGAGAUGGGGGAAACAUUAAAAAGUUCCACAUUUUCUGCUGGUGCUAAUGACAAGAUGAAGUGGUAGGUAUUGUGUUUGUACAUGUCUUGCAUUUAUGGACCUAGCUACGCUGUAUAACUUGACUGUGGAAACAUUUCUACUGAUUUUUAAAGGGUUUCAUUUAUUGUUUGUCUCACAAUUGUCACUUUGAUAUUCAUUGCUACGUUUUGACCGUGUACUACAGGUCUUCAUCAGGCAUCAGCGUGCAAAGAAAGUAGUGUCCGAUAGCUUGGGACUAGUGGAUUUUGCUAUCGGGCCAGUGAAUUCUGUUUUUAACUUGCCCGAUGGGCAAGUGAUGUUUUUUGAGGAAUUCGAAUAACAGGAGAACUGUAAAAUCAAUUCUGUCAGUCAAAAAGUUUUUGGGGCUAGUUGAAAUGACGUCUGGGCUCAUUUUUGAUGGUGUUACACGUAUGUAAUAUUGAUGUGUCCUAGAAAAUAAGUGUUCACAUUAACCCCCCUUCACUCCCUCAGCUUGCCCCAAAUAGUGACCACCUCUUUGCAACAGCUACUUGGGCACCCCUCUCUCCAAGGUGGGUGUACAGGAAAGUUGGAGAUAUUACAGUAGAUGGAUCUAGAACAACAUUUACAGCUAAACGACAAAUAUCAAUAACAUCUGUACCAUGUGGCCAAGUUUUUCCUUUACCAGUCAUGAACUGCUCAUUAUACUACCAGUUUCACCCUAGUUUUAUCCAUAAGAAUUUAAUAGUUUGCACAGUCUUAUCUAUUCAUUUUCUGUUUUGGAGAAAUGGUCAACUUGAAUUUAAUGUUCGCCAAAAACAUGAUUUUAAAUCUCUCUAAUGAUUCCGACCUAGACCCUCUCUUGAAAUUGCACCUUUACACGUGUUAAAGGAAUUAACAUUUCUCAAUGUAUGAUACUUUUUAUUUCAUCAUAUGUGUAGGUGCCUAAGAGUAAAUCCAAGAGGCUUAGAUGAAGAAAGCAAAGACUAUUUAUCACUAUAUCUACUAUUACUUGCUUGUAACAAGAGUGAAGUCAGAGCAAAAUUCAAAUUUUCAAUCCUUAAUGCUAACAGAGAAGAAACUAAAGCUAUGGGUAUGUACUUUGUACUUGUAUUAACAUUUUUUAUUUUAGUUACGUCAUCUCAUUUGCAUGAAUCCAUUCCAUCCAUGAGUCUAGAAGAGUGUUAAAGAUGAGAGGUGUAGUUUCACUGCGACAUUGUUACGGGUAUCAAAUUUUUUGCAAGCAAGUUUUUCAUCCUAGCUUGUUUUGGUACAUGUAGUUUCUUAAUUCUUGGUGUUGUGGAUGGCUGCAAACACUGAAUGACGUAACACAACAGAUUGAAAUGACACUGAACGAUAUCCAAACCACAAAACAACAGUUUCCACAAUACCAAGAAACACCUCUUGUGUUUUCCAUGAUUAAGAUAUUUUAUUAAGAUUGAAUAUACCUACAGAAGAGGGGCUGGGAAAGUAUACAUCUACAUUCUUUUUACAGCUCUCCAAGAAUCAGACAUCUUUGUCCAACAAUUCAAAGGGGACAGGCGGCAAAUUGUUGUUGCUCAAAAUGUCUAUUUGUCAUUGAUAACUGUUCAUCAGUUACGACAGUGACAGUGACAGAUUGACUUGCUGGUUUUGUAUGUGUAGUGUGAGGUGUGUAAUAUUAUAACAGUCUGCAUUUUCUUAAAAGGUGCUUUGAAAUGUGGUGGGUGUCUGUACACUGCAGAAAAAAUGCAGUUUAGACAAAGUGUGAACUUAGAUAUUUAUUAUUGUGAGCCUUAUGAAAGGAAGGUACAUGUGAAAUUUCCCUGCAGUGUGUAUGCUGUGGUUCAAUUGUUUUAUCCUUGGCUUAAAUUUUAUUUUCUUUUGUUUUUGAAACAAAAGAAAACAAAAUUUAAACCAAGGAUAAAAUCGAACCGCAACAUGUACAUAAUAUGUUCAAAAUAGUAGAUGUUAUUAAAAUACUACUUGCUUGUUAUCAACACAGUCAAAUUCAUCACACACACUAUUAAUGACAUGUCUAAAAUUAAAUCUUUCUGUUUUCUCAGAGAGCCAAAGGGCUUAUAGAUUUGUACAAGGAAAAGACUGGGGAUUUAAAAAGUUUAUAAGAAGAGACUUUCUCAUGGAUGAAGCUAAUGGUUUAUUACCCAAUGACACACUCACUCUGUUUUGUGAGGUAAGGCAUCAUGAACAUGAUACAUGUACAUGUACAACCUACCAUAAAGCACUCAUUAUCUAGAAUAGAAAACUUCUUGUGGUUAUAAUUAUGAAAAUUACUAUGUUUGAUAAGGUUAAAUACAUGUCAUCAUCAUCAUCAUCAUCAUCGUCAUCAUCAUCAUCAUCAUCAUCACAAUUAGGUUGGUAAAAGCCGGUUAGGUAACACACCAACCACUCACAAAAUUUGAAAGUAAAAUUUACAUGCAAUAAAUAGAAUAAAAUUAAUUUAAAAAAGAGAAGUUGACUGUGAUAGUAAUGAUUGAAGUGCUAGACAAUUUUUUUGUGACUGUAUGUUUGGUGGUGAUUAGAAGCUGAACACCAGAGUUUUUGUUUUCAACAAGAAGAUACAAUCUUUAAUUCAGGGAGUUCAGAUGGGUAUGUCUAGAGUACAUAUUAAGGUAGUGAUUUAAGGCUCUAGAUUGAUCACUAUAUUGAUCUAGAAUCACAGGCCAGCUUUGUAAAAAGGGACUCUGAACCUCCUCUGUUGUCACAUUUACAUUUAACCAUAUGCCGUUCUGAUGCAGGGCCUAAAUGUGUGUUUUUAAGAGUGAAUCCUCCUUUUUUACUUUGAAUAAGAAUUCAAUGUAUUAUGAAGUGUUACCCACAGUCUUUGUAAGUUUUAGUCACAUCACAGGGCGGCCAGGAAGAUUUUGCAUAUCUGGCUGUAUGCCAUUGGUAGGCAGGAAAUUGAACAUCUCACUCCCACACUGGAGUGUUUACUAUAAUUGAAAGUUGUCUAGUCUGCAAAACAGUAGGGUUUUUCCUCAAAAUCAGUUUAGUGUACAGGGUAUUCAUUAGGCACCAUAGAUCGGAGAAUUCUCCACUUACGAUGCAGAAUUCUCUGGCUAAUAUUUCGUAUUCUAUCACUAUUUUCGAUUCAGACAUGGAGCCCCUUUCAAAAUAAUCUCCUGUAACAUUACACUUUUCUCCUGCUAGUAGAAUUCUUAAUGAAAACCCUGAGUGUAGGAUAAGAAUAGCGUUAGGGUCUUGCGUGUGCAAAGUGAGAGUGAGACUCUCUCUCUGUUUUCAGCCUCGCUCCAGACCUUUUGUGUGACUGUUCGCGCGUACUUAAAUAUGCAAGAAUAUGGACUGUUUUGCUGUCUAAAAGUUGCCAGGCGUCAUGCUCAUACUAGCAGGAAGAAAUCCCCAGCCCGCCAGCCCUUAGUAACGGCCCUUAUACCAGAGUAUUUCAGUAGUUUUGAUGUGUUUUUAUAAUAAUGAAAAAUGGUGGUACUGCAUACUGUAUGUCUGACAUUUGUGCUACAUUAUUUCAGGUCAGCGUUGAAGGUGAUUCUGUUAAUGUAUCGGGUUCUUCUCAUACUGCGGCACUUAAGGUUCCUGAAUGCAAGCUUUCAAGACACAUGGGAUCUCUUUUAGACUCAGGCACCUUUAGUGAUGUUACAUUAUGCACAAGGGGCCGAGAAUUCAAGGCUCAUAAAGCUAUAUUAUCUGCACGCUCCCCUGUGUUUGGGGCCAUGUUUGAACAUGAAAUGGAAGAAAGUAGAAAAGGUCGUGUGGAGAUAAGUGACAUAGAUCCUGAUGUGUUUCAUGAAAUGCUAAAGUUUGUUUACACUGGUAGCACACCGCAACUUCAAGGAAUGGCAGAUGAUCUUCUAGCUGCUGCAGACAAGGUUGGGUCUUUAAAAAAUCAGAAGUUUUAGUUCCUCCUGUGUAUCUAUACUGGCACAGGUUAUGUAAAGCACAAAAACCAAACAAUACCCCUGUACAAUUCCCAACAAAACUUAAUUAUUUGCCUCUCUUGUUUCUUAUAUGUUAGACAUGUUUUGUGCAGCCUGCCUGCUACACUGUACAUGUGGAAAAAAAUUGAGUUAUUGUUGUCAGUCGUUAAUCUUUGCUGCCCGCAAAAACACACAAAGGACACUAUUUUGGCUGGACAAAACCAAAAAUGUGGUUGGACUCAAUCAAGGAAGCAUUUAAAGUGCAUUUUGCUCAAAAAAUGUUAACAGGCACUCCUCCCUACCCCCGAAUAAGUGCCUCGGUGGCAAUAAAAUCAAAAUCAGAUGUUAAUUCUGUUAAUUCAAUUAAAAAAAUAUCAAUACUGUAGUUAAAACAAUUCUUUCAAAUAAGCACCACUCUCAAGUGAGCCCCAUCCUCAGACAAGUGCUUAUAAUUUCAAGUAAAUACAGUUUGUGGAAUUAGCAGGUACAGCUGCAGACUGACAACUUCGGUCCAUAAUAUGUCCACUGCAAUAAUGUUAUGUCAUUGUUAAUAAUGAUUCAUGUGUUCUCAAGCUAGAUGUCAAAGUUAGUAGCACUCUUAUGUUUGUUAGUGAUUGUGUACAUGUAUAUGUUUUGUUUAAAUUUUAUCCUUGGUUCAAAUCUUAUUCUCCUUUUUUGCAAACUCAUCAUUUACUUUACCUUACCCAAAAAACAAAAGAUAAUAAGAUUUGAACCAAGGACAAAAUUGAAUAUACAGUAUGUUGUAGUUAAUUUUUGUUUUUCUUUUGUUUUUGGGUAUGGUAAUGUAUGCUAAUGAAGUUGAAACAAAAGCAAAAAUAAAAAUUACCUGAAAUGAAAAAAAUUAACUACAACAUAAAAGUUACACAUUUCAAUCCUACUCAUGGUUGCUGAAGUUUAACUACCAGAAAGCAUGAGUACUAUGUAUGAAUAAAGUAGUAUUGCUUUGCUAGCAGAAUGUUGAAGUUGUAACAUGUACUGGAUGGACUAUUAAAUGAGGCGGGGGAGGGGGUUAAAAUUUAAUGUGUUCUGAACUAUGCUUAAAUUAGGGUGCGUGAAAGUAAUCAGAUCACUGGUUGUGGUAGGUUUAUUCAGGGGCAUACUUGGCACAGGUGUCGUACUCUGUGUAUGCAGUACAUUUUAUAUUUCUUGGACUUAUGCUUGUGCUUCAUUUGUAAACCAGAGUAACUACUACAAAUCACACUAAAAUUUGCUAGUGGUCUUAAGACAUGAAAACACACUAUAGUGUCUCAGUUUUCAAUAAUUUACUUGAACCUUUGCAUGUGUUCCUUUAUUGCAGUAUGACUUGGACAGAUUAAAAGUUAUGUGUGAGGAAGCAUUAUGUUCAAAUUUAACAGUAGACAAUGUGUGUGAUGUACUUAUACUAGCUGACAUGCACAGUGCAACUCAACUAAAGACUCAGGCUCUGGACUACAUUAACAGGUUAGAAUAGCUGUUACAGACCUCUUCUGCAAGAUUUUACUUGUUUGUUACCAAAACUGGGUGUGAAAUUUUAGGCCUUCCAGUUGUCAGAAAUGAUGAGAUUUUACAAGUUUUCAGAAUGUGGUUGCACAUUGGAUGACUGUAAUUCAAGCUGCUAACCUCUUG